AUGUACUGUCUACUUGAACAUUCCUGUCCACACAAACACCUGUGCCAAACCUCCCAGAGAGCGGCCUUAACCACAGCCUGGCUACACCACAUCUCCACCGCAUCUCCACCGCAUCUCCACCGCAUCUCCACCGCAUCUCCACCGCAUCUCCACCGCAUCUCCAUCACAUCUCCGUCACGUUUCUGUCACAUCUCCACCGCAUCUCCACAACAUCUUCGUCACAUCUCCACAACAUCUCGGUUAUGUCUCCACAACAUCUCGGUUAUGUCUCCACAACAUCUCGGUUAUGUCUCCACCACAUCUCCACCACAUCUCCGUCACGUUUCUGUCACAUCUCCACCGCAUCUUCACAACGUCUCCGUCACGUCUCCACAACAUCUUCGUCACAUCUCCACAACAUCUCGGUUAUGUCUCCACAACAUCUCCGUUAUGUCUCCACAACAUCUCCACACAUCUCCACCACAUCUCCACCACAUCUCCGUCACGUUUCUGUCACAUCUCCACCGCAUCUUCACAACGUCUCCGUCACGUCUCCACAACAUCUCGGUUAUGUCUCCACAACGUCUCACAUCUCCUCGUUUCCAUCACAUCUCCACAACGUCUCCGUUAUAUCUCCACAACGUCUCCAUCACAUCUGCACGUUUCCAUCACAUCUCCACAACGUCUCCACAACAUCUCCACAACGUCUCCACAACAUCUCCACAACAUCUCCACAACGUCUCCACCACGUCUCCACAACGUCUCCACAACAUCUCCACAACGUCUCCACAACAUCUCGGUUAUGUCUCCACCACGUCUCCACAACAUCUCCACAACGUCUCCACAACAUCUCCACAACAUCUCGGUUAUGUCUCCACAACGUCUCCACAACGUCUCCACAACGUCUCCACAACGUCUCCACAACGUCUCCACCACGUCUCCACAACAUCACCGUUUCGAGGAAGUCAUCUGGUCCUACUUCAUAAUGUGGCUGGUCAAAGGGGCUCACAGACACAAAGGUGAAGUUACGUACAGUAAGAAGAGAGGACUAAAGGGGAGAGUGACGGAGGAGGCCUAAACAGGAGAAUGACAGGUGAAAGGACUAAAGGGGAGAGUGACGGGGGAGAGUGGACUAAAGGGGAGAGUGACGGGGGAGAGUGGACUAAAGGGGAGAGUGACGGAGGAGAGUCUAAACAGGAGAAUGACCGGCGAAAUGAAUAAAGGGGAGAGUGGCAGGCAAAAGGACUAAAGGGGAGAGUGACGGGAGAGGUCUAAAGGGGAGAGUGAUGGAGGAGGCCUAAACGGGAGAAUGACAGGUGAAAGGACUAAAGGGGAGAGUGACGGGGGAAGAGGACUAAAGGGGAGAGUGACGGGGGAAGAGGACUAAAGAGGAGAGUGAGAUGGAAGAGGACUAAAGGGGAGAAUGAGGUGGAAAGGUCUAAAGGUGGGAGUGAGGGGUGAGAGGACUAAAGGGGAGAGUGAGGAUAGAGGACUAAAGAGUGUGAGAUGAGGCCUAAACGGGAGAAUGACGGAGGAGAGGAAUAAAGGGGAGACUGAUGAGGGAGAGAACUAAAGGUGACACUGACGGGGGAGAGGACUAAAGGGGAGAGUGACGGGGUAAAGGACUAAAGGGGAGAGGCCUAAAGGGGCAAGACCUUAGUUAGCUGGACUGCACGCACACAUUUCACAUCCAUUGACAGUUUUAGAGCAAAAACUUCCAAAUUAUCACAGGUUACAGUAAAAAAGGGUAAAAAAAAUGAACUAAGAAUAAUAGAGAAUGUGACUAUAACACCAUGUACACGGUUUAAUUGCAGAAAAAAACUCCGAUUUCAUGUUUAGUCCCACUUUAAACCUCCCUGAAGUAAUACCAGAUCGACUUUCUCAACACAGAAUUGCGUAAGAAGGAAGUUUGGCGAGCCAGGCUAAACAGAACACACAUUUGUACUAAACAUUUACUCGUUCAGUAUUUCCUUUUAUUUUUUGGGGUUGUGUAGAGCCGAUAUAAUGUGAAAACCUGCUUUAUGAUUUGCACAAUAAAGCACACUGUUAACUUUUGAUUAGCAAUUAUAAUUAUAUGUACCAUUUUUACCACUUCCCAGGAAUAACACACAACCCACUGAGAAAAGUCUACGCUCACUAACUAAAUGUAAAGAAUUGUUUUUGCACUUUAUAAUUUGAGUAUUUUAUAAUGUCUUAUUACAAAUCACACAUACGAACAGUUAAUUUAAUAAUAUUCAAAUCUACAUAAUCGCUCCAGAAACAACAGAACGGCUUGCGUACAUUUCAUAAUACCUGAAGUUUUGAAAUCAUAACAGAAUCAUCCAGCCUCACUUCCCAAAUCAACUGUGUCGAAAUGCAGAAAGCCUAUUUUUAAAUGUUAUUACUGUAAAAUAAAACUUAUGAAUUAUUGA